ACUUCACAAGAAUCGGAUACAACUCAUAGUACUUGCAGCUCCUCUCCGUCUGUGUUUUUGCUGCCAAGAGCUCUUUCCCUGUUGCUGACAGAAAAAUGAACUCUCCACUAGUACAGGGUUUCACCAAGUCGCUCGCCAUGACGAUGCUCUCCGAGGUUGGCGACCGGACGUUCUGCGUUGCCACCAUUCUGGCAAUGCAAUAUCCAAGGAAGAGCGUCUUUCUCGGAUGCCUAGUUUCAGUAACUGCGAUGACGGUGAUCUCGGCUUUGCUUGGCUGGGCUGCUCCAAAUCUGCUCUCAAAGGAAUGGUCACAUCAUGUGACCACCUUCCUGUUUUUCCUGUUCGGUCUCCGUUCUCUCUGGGAAGGAUUCACUGAGGAUGAUGAUGACAAUGAGGAGUUGGAAGAAGUAGAAAAGGAAUUGGAAAAGGAUUUGAAGGCAAGUUCUGAAAAAUCAAAAGCAGCUUCUAAGGCUGAUGAUAACUUGAAGAAGAAACAGAAGCCAUUCCUCACCAACUUCCUCUCUCCUGUCUUUCUCAAGGCGUUCUCACUCACCUUCUUCGGCGAAUGGGGCGACAAAAGCCAGCUAGCAACAAUCGGCUUGGCAGCUGACGAAGACACUUUGGGAGUAGUGCUUGGUGGAAUAGUGGGACAAGUGUUGUGCACAGUUGCUGCUGUUAUAGGGGGAAAGAGUCUGGCUUCUAAGAUAUCGGAGAGGCUGGUGACCCUCCUAGGUGGAUUCCUCUUCCUAGUGUUUGGGGUCCAAUCCCUACUUUCACCAUUCUAAUUAUGGAUUUCUCUUACGUUUGUAUGUCUAUGCUGCUGCUUCCCGUUAGUUGAGACUGCUCUAGCGCUGAUACCUCGGUUAUUUUUGUCUGAGCAUUGUUAUGUUCUUUACUACUUGCAUCGAUGCGUUUCGACCUUGUCA